UUUGGGACACGCUGGGAAGUUUGGACUGGGCGUGCUGCCGUGCUCGCUGCCGCUCCCACCAUGUCGGGCUCCUCCAAUGUGGCGGCCAUGAAGAAGGUGGUGCAGCAGCUGCGCCUGGAAGCCAGCGUGACUCGCGUGAAGGUUUCUCAGGCUGCAGCAGACUUGAAGCAGUUUUGCCUGCAGAAUGCACAACAUGAUCCCCUACUGACAGGAGUAUCAUCAAGUACAAAUCCUUUCAGACCCCAGAAAGUUUGUUCAUUUUUGUAAUUACGUAAACUACUUUGGUAUCUUUCAGUGAUCUUUUAGCAUCUUUUCCUAGCUGCUGAUGUGUGUAUGAGCAGAGUGCCUCAAGGAGCAGCCUGGUUUGAAGUCUGUACAAAAGCCUUGUCUUUAACGUGCCAAAUCUAACUGUAAAAUUGCUACUGUCGUCAAACCUCUUACCAUCUACCUCUCUGAAGGAACUGUAUGGUAGUUACAAUACUUGUUUCAUAAGGGAAUCAGUUUUAUAUGCCAAGCAAAAAAUAAAAGUGUCUUGAUUUAGUCUGGUCCUGAAAUUACUGUACCAAGUUGAUUAACUUCUGGAUAUGCUGACACCCCACCAGUUACUGCAUCCCUCUGCAGCAGCUGGAAAGCACAUACAGGAGUCUGCCUUUAAACAUUCCAUGCUGCUGCAAGUUUGCCUGGGAGUUGACAGUUGUACAGAACAAGAAUUCAUCAGCACUAUGCUUAGAAGCAUAUUAGAAAUAUAAUUCAACUAUACAGCUGUCCCACAUCAUAGCCAUCAUGUAAAGAGUAACUUGAGUAACUUAAUUAUUGUUAGAUGAGAUAGCUUUACAUGCUUCCUGUAAGCUCACCUUAUGAAUUCUUUCCUAUCAGUGUUUUACUUCUUUUUGAUACAAGAAUAUCAAUUGCUUUGGGUAUAUGCCUCUUCUAAAUGGGACAUUUAAAGAAACACCUGUAGUCAAGCAUAUUAAUUUUGUAACUUCUACA